AUGCUAUGGCAUCAAGGGCUGCUAUUAAAACUGCAUCGAUUGAACUUCGUGAUUGAUUACGACUCCGUGUUAUCUGAAGAAAUCAACAUUCAAAGAGGAGCUCCACAGGGUGGCUGCUUUGGUCCACCAACGUACAUAGUUGCACAUUAUCAUUCGCCACAGAUUUAUCGUAGUCCUGAUGCUUCACACCUAUAUAAUCAAAAUAUCCUAGCUAUUAAUGAAAAAUUUAAUUUACUUAUAACAGCUGUUGUUGAUGAUACAUUUGAAUCUGUUCCAGCUGCUAUAGAUAAAACACAACGUUUGAAAUUUUAUGGAUAA